AUGGACGUGGGUGCUGAUGAGUUUGAACAGAGCCUCCCACUCCUGCAGGAGCUUGUCGCGGGUGCGGACUUCGUGGGUAAGGUACCUGGGGUGACAGGCCCUGUCAUCAGAGUCGCCUGCCACGGAGAGCCUGGGGACUGGUGUGAAAGCUGGUGGCUUGCUCUGGGCCUGAGGACCCGUUUGUUUUGCUCUACCCUAGGUCUCGACAUAGAGUUCACAGGUCUGCGUUCAAACUUGUCCCGGCCCCAGCAGAUCAGUCUUUUUGACUUGCCGUCUGAGUGGUAUGUGAAGACCCGGCAGAGCGUUCAGCAAUUUACAAUCUGCCAGAUUGGGUUGUCUGUGUUUUCCAGCAUCGAAGGAGAAUCAAACAAGUAUGUAGCCCACUCCUGUAACUUCUUUCUCUUUCCUACAACGUUUGGGAUCUUGGACUCGGAGUUCUCUUUCCAGGCGUCUAGUGUUCAGUUUUUGAAUCAGUAUGGCUUCGACUAUAACAAGUUCCUCAAAAAUGGCAUCCCGUACAUGAAUGAAGAGCAGGAGAAGAAAAUUAAGCAUAGUAUCCUGAGAGGGAACUGGAGAGUCCGGAGCUCCCUGGAUAAAGACCAAAUUAAGGUGGUGAUUGACAAGGUGACUCAGUGGCUGGACCUGGCUGAGGAAGGUGACCAGAUGACUCUGCCAGGCAUUGCUGGGUUCCAAGCCUUUGAGGUCCAGCUGGUGCUGAGGCAGGCCCUCCCCAACAUCUGGACAGUGCUGAAGGAUGAGGGGGUGGUUGUGAAGAAAGUCAGUCAGCCACAUCGCUGGUACCUUGAGCACGACUCUUGCGACCAAAUCAGCUGUUGGAAGGAGCAGAUUCUUCUCUCUGCAAGAGGCUUUUCUGUCUUUUUUCAGAUGCUGGUGAAAGCCCAGAAGCCCUUGGUAGGACACAACAUGAUGAUGGACCUUCUGCAUCUCCAUGAGAAGUUCUUCCGACCUCUUCCAGAAAGCUAUGACCAGUUUAAGCAGAACAUCCACAGCCUGUUUCCGGUCCUCAUUGACACCAAGAAUGUGACAAAGGACAUCUGGAAGGAACUGCGUUUCCCACGAGUCUCUAACCUCUCAGAAGUGUAUGACGUGCUGAGCAGUAACUUGAAUCCCACUAAGAAUUCUGGACCAGAGAUUAUUCAUGCAAGACAGUGUAAAAAAUACGCGGAGACCAAGUGCCCCCAUGAAGCUGCGUAUGAUGCCUUCCUCUGUGGGUCAGUUCUUCUGAAAGUGGCGCACUUGCUCCUGGAGAGGGUGCAUGGCAGUGUUCCUGUCGACGACGAGCCCACCUUCCCUCAGUACCUCGACGUGCUGGCGCCGUAUGUGAACCAAGUGAAUCUCAUCCGAGCUGGGGUUCCUAAAAUUAACUUUUCUGGCCCGGAUUACCCCAGUAUCCGCCCUCCUGUGCUCAUCCUCACCGUCAGGAGGUGGCCUGGGGUCAGCGAGCACCAGGUCUACCGUGAGUUCCAGAAUCUCUGCAAGUUCGAUGUCAGGCGGUUCACUCGAAGCCAGUUCCUGCUCCUGACCAAUAAGUUUAAGGAUGCCCGCAGUGUCUUGAAGGAGUACAGGAGCCACCCGACCCUGCAGGUCUCCCUGUACCGGUACUGGAGACAUUCCCCCAACAUCACCUGCCUGUUACAAGUCUGCAGCAUUGUUACCACCUGGGCCAUGGUUGCGUUCGUCCUGGGAAGAUCCAGUCCCUGAGUGCAGUGAGCCUCCUCAACUUCCGCCCCCAGCUUCCAGAGAUGGCCCUUGCGGCUCGUCUGUAUAAACCAGUUUGUUUUCAGACAGACCUGUAUGGUCCUUUGUAGAUAUUUUGUUGUGUUCUGAAUGUGAGAUUCUGUAAAUAAGGCUGACGAUAAAACCCUUGCAUCUGUAGGACCUUUGUACGUGGCCAAUGCAUUCCUUCCUGUAAACUGGGGGAAGUCCUGGCCGCCUGGGUUGGAACCACUGCUCCAGCAUGCCCCGAAUUUUGGGGUGUGUGUGUGUGUGUGAGGGAAGGGGCUGUUUGGACAGGAACUGGCAGAGAUGAGGGAAGGGGCUACUGUGGCUUCAGUAGAUGCUGUGUGAGCCACAGUGAAGGUACCUGGCCGACACUGGGACUCCAGGGCUCCAGGCUCCCCGGACUUGCGGUAUAAGAACAACAGGAGGAGAACAAACACUGAACAGGUCAGAAUGAGAGGAGUUGCAGACGGUACGCUGUGAAGAAGCCCAUGGCGCUGUCACGGAAUGGAGGGAUGUCAAUCACCCAGGCUUGGGAGUCACGGACCCCCACGGCUCUACUGCUGAGAGGCACAGGCAGCUGAUAAAGUUCCUAGUUCCAUGAUCAGAGCAGGCCCAGCACUACGGUCAUGUUACUGCUUGGAGAUUGGACACAGCCAUCUCACCAGAGUGCUUUUAAAACCUCCAAUUUUGAGCUGAAGAGAGGAGCUGAGAAGACAGCCCCCACUCCUUUCCUCUAAACUGUGGGGUGGCGCUAACUUGGUCUCCCCACUGCAGAUUCUCAGUGACUUGGGGUUUAAAAUGCCUCUUGGGUCUCUUUUGCUUUCCGCUACUUCCUUCUUAAAGCAUCCUCAUCCCUGGGCUAAGGUGGCUAAGGUGGCUUGUAUAUCUGCCUGAGUACAGCUGGGCUUCCCUGCAUCCUGGCUCUUCUGGAGCCCUCCUUUCUCGUCUGGUCCCCGUAGUCAGCCAUUGACCUCUUUUACUGAGAUCCUAGCUGGUCUCUAGCUCGGAGGACCCCAUCCCACAUCUUCAUUCCUCCAGGGCUGACACGGUCCCCUGGGACUAGCAUUCUAGUCCCACUUGCCCUGGUGCGCACCCUUCACUGUCCUGUGAUAGAGGCCACCUUCCUCAGAUGGCAUGCCCAUUGCUGUCGGCCUGCAGGAUGGAUGGCUGGAAGAGCUGGCUGAGGUAACCCCUUACACCUGGCUUUUUGUCCAGAGAGCCGCCUGACCCCAGUCACUCCAUCUUGUCUUCCCUCUGCUCCUCCGAGGGCCCGAGUGAAAUCCUUUGGUUCCAGCGUCUUAGGUGGACUUUUAUUUAUUUUUUUGAGACCAGGGUCUCUAUGUAUGUAGCCCUGGCUGUCCUGGAUACUUGUUAUAUAGAUCCAGGCUGGUCUCAAACUCACAGAGAUUCCCCUGCCUCUGUUUCCUGGGUGCUGGGAUUAAAGACCAUUUGACUUUCUUGUUCUCUCAUCUCUAGGACCAAAUCGUUGUAUCAGCUUCCCACGGGUGUCUUCCGAUUUUUUGAGGGUCACCUGAGCCUGAGUAGCAGAGCUCAGCUUAACCUUGGGUGCCAACUUGUUCCCAGUUGGC